AUGGGUGGCAAGAAGCGCAAGCAACAAUUGAAGCAGCAGGCCGCCACCAGAGCGCGCGCCGCCUUUAUCCCCCACCGGCAUUCGGACAAGCCGCUCGCCCCCGCCGGUCCUCUGAGCGGCGCCAACACGACGCAAAAGAAGCAGGCGCCGCCGCCGAAGCUGAGACAGGAAAGCAAAAAGACACAGGAGCAGCGCCAGCGCCAGCAACAGAACAGCCGGGAGAACCCCACGAUCCCGUUUGACGCCGAUGACCGCAUAUUGCUGGUGGGCGAGGGCGACGUCAGCUUCGCGGCGUCGCUCGUGAGGCACCACCGCUGCCGGCACGUAACGGCGACGGUGCUGGAUAAAAACUAUGCGGAGCUGGUGGCCAAGUACCCGUCGGCGGAGGCCAAUAUCGCCUCGUUCCACGGGCUCAAACCGGAGCCGAAAAAGGGCGGGCAAAAGGACGAAAAGGAUGAGGGUAGUGCUGCGACCGAAGGCGGCGACGCGGCCGAGGAAAACGAGCCGAGCAGCAGCAGCGGCGCCCCCGAACCCGCUACGGCCGCGGGCGACGAGAGCGACAGCGACGCCGACUACGACGCCGACGGCAACCACCGGCCGCGUGCGCCCAAGACGAACCGGCUCCUGUACGCCAUCGACGGGACCAAGCCGCCGCCCUCUCUGACGCGCGGCGCGCCCUUUGACCGGAUCCUCUUCAACUUCCCGCACGUGGGCGGCAAGUCGACCGACGUGAACCGGCAGGUGCGAUACAACCAGGAGCUGCUCGUCGGCUUCUUCCGGCAGAGCGCGCUGCCGGCGCUCGCGCCCGGCGGCAGCGUCGUCGUCACGCUCUUCGAGGGCGAGCCCUACACGCUCUGGAACGUGCGCGACCUCGCCCGCCACGUCGGCCUGCAGGCCGACACCAGCUUCCGCUUCCACGCCGCCGCGUACCCGGGCUACCGCCACGCCCGCACGCUCGGCGUCGUCCACGGAAAACCGGCCGCUGCCGCGUGGCGCGGCGAGGACAGGACUGCGCGCAGCUAUGUGUUCGUGCGCAAGGGCGACACGCUGAGAAAAACGAGGGGCCAACAGCAGCAGCAGCCGCGGAAGAAGAAGCGAAAGAGGGACAGUGAUGACGAGGAUGAGUCGAGUGAGGAUGAUUUGGAUGAUUGA